AUGAAGCUAGCGAUUUCAUCUUUCAGGUGUUUGUUUCUUCUUUGGGCAUUUUUGGUGCUUGACUUGGUGCUCAAGGUUUCUGGCAACCAAGAAGGUGCAGCCCUGGCUGCAUUGAAGAGCAGUGUGGCUGAUCCUAACAAUGUUCUUCAAAGUUGGGAUUCUACCCUUGUCAAUCCUUGCACGUGGUUUCAUGUUACUUGCAACAAUGAAAAUAACGUGAUCCGUGUUGAUCUUGGAAAUGCAAACCUUUCUGGUCAACUGGUUCCACAGCUUGGUCAACUCCCAAGUUUGCAAUACCUGGAACUCUAUAGUAAUAAUAUAACUGGGAAAAUCCCAAUUGAGCUUGGAAGUUUGAAAAACUUGGUGAGCUUGGAUCUUUACUCUAACAAGAUUACUGGUUACAUUCCAGACGAAUUGGCCAACCUUGAAAAUCUAAAAUUCCUGCGUCUCAAUAAUAACAGCUUGUCAGGAAAAAUUCCUAUGCGUUUAACCAUAGUUGAUACUCUGCAAGUGCUUGAUUUAUCGAACAACAACUUAAGAGGAGAUGUCCCAACCAAUGGUUCUUUUCAAGCUUUUACUCCCAUCAGUUUUAGGAGUAACCCCCUAUUGAAAAAUAUAAGCAUUGUACCUCCACCAGCUGCCGCACCAACACAAGGACCUCCAGGUGCAUGUGCUCAUGAUCUUAUGCUGACUCAGCAGAGGGAGAAACCUGGAGUUUUGCAGAGUAAUGAUAAACGUUCUGUUGGAGCCAUUGCUGGAGUAGUUGCUGUGGCUGCUGCAAUAUUGUUUGCAGCCCCUGUAGUUGCACUUGUUUAUUGUAAAAGAAGGAAACCACGGGAUUUUUUCUUUGAUGUUGCAGCUGAGGAGGACCCUGAAGUUCACCUUGGUCAGCUUAAAAGGUUUUCACUACGCGAACUGCAAGUUGCAACGGAUAACUUUAACAACAAAAACAUUCUUGGUAGAGGUGGAUUUGGCAAGGUUUAUAGAGGGCGGUUAACAAAUGGAGAUCUUGUAGCAGUAAAAAGACUCAAAGAGGAACGCACCCAGGGUGGGGAGAUGCAGUUUCAAACUGAAGUGGAAAUGAUCAGCAUGGCUGUGCAUCGAAAUUUGCUUCGCCUGGACGGUUUUUGUAUGACACCUACUGAACGUUUGCUUGUGUAUCCUUUCAUGGCUAAUGGAAGUGUAGCUUCAUGCUUACGAGAUCGUCCGGAAGCACAGCCACCUCUUGAAUGGGCAAAACGGAAGCGAAUUGCUCUGGGAGCUGCCAAAGGGCUUGCUUAUCUGCAUGAUCAUUGUGACCCAAAGAUUAUUCAUCGUGAUGUCAAAGCUGCAAAUAUAUUGUUGGAUGAGGAUUUUGAAGCAGUUGUUGGAGAUUUUGGUUUAGCAAAGCUAAUGGAUUACAAAGAUACUCAUGUUACUACUGCGGUACGGGGUACAAUUGGCCAUAUAGCACCAGAGUACCUCUCAACUGGAAAGUCUUCAGAGAAGACUGAUGUUUUUGGAUAUGGUGUGAUGCUUCUUGAAAUAAUAACUGGACAGAGGGCUUUUGAUUUAGCACGACUUGCCAAUGAUGAUGAUGUCAUGUUGCUUGAUUGGGUGAAAGUACUUCUGAAAGACAAGAGGUUGGAGACACUGGUGGAUGCAGAUUUGGAGGGAAAUUAUGAAGAGCAGGAAGUAGAGGAGUUAAUCCAAGUGGCCUUGCUAUGCACACAAAGCUCCCCUUCGGAAAGACCAAAGAUGUCUGAGGUGGUGAGAAUGCUAGAGGGUGAAGGUUUGGCAGAAAAAUGGGAUAAAUGGUGGCAGAAAGAGGAUAUGAUCCAACAAAAUUUUGACUCCUCCAAUCUCCACCAUGCUUAUUGGCCAUUAUUAGACUCAACGUCAAAUAUUCCCCCAGAUGAACUGUCAGGGCCUAGAUAA